AUAUACCUCAGAGAUACGGUGAGAGCCAUUUCCUCUCUGACAAUGGGCCCGCAAGGAACUCUCGUACUUGUCCUUCUGUGUGCCUACGGAGCCGUCUCCCUGAUCGCCCCGUGCGGCUUAUGCGGGGAUGAAAUAGACAUCACAAUCAUCGCCCAGAACUUCCUCAAGCCCCCGUUCUUCAACUACACCGUGAACGUGCACGGCGAACCACAGAGUGAGCUGAUCUACUUCCUGCAGAAGGCGGCAGACAUCGAUGAACACCUCAGAUUUACAAUCACUUACUUCGGUCCUGUCUUGGGCUACUUUGUCAACUCAAUCAACAAUCUGGAGGGAGAUUAUGCUGAAAACACGUCCUGGCGGGUGACGGAUGUUGACUUCAACUCCCAUAAAUUGGUUCCCUCCUGUAAAGGCAGGCAGACAGUGACAGACAGCAUCAUCAAGGGUUCCUCCAUUCUGGCAUGA